AUGGAGGUGGAGGAGGAGGAAAGACGCUCUCCACACGAUCAUGUGGAUCGGUGUGUUCCCGAGAGCUUCUUUGAUCGCGUAACGCAAGGGUUACGCGACGAUCUCGAGCAUGAGCGGAAUAGGCGUCUCCAGAUGGUGGACACUGCCUCGAAGCAUCGAGCUGAGUUUGCCUUUGCUCAGCUUGAGAACGAGAGAUCUCUGACAUCUCUUCGUGACGAGCUAAGGGUAGCUCGUGGGAUUGUUGAUCGGUCUCGGGCUGAGUUAACUGCUCUUCAGACCCUUGUUGAUGCCCACCAUCGGGAGCACAAGGCUCUCUGCGAGAUGCUUGAGCGCAAGGGCGUUCUUCAUCGGAAGAAGCAGCGUACUGAUGGUACGGCUUAA